UUUCAUUUUACUUUAUACAACUAUCAGGUUUUUCAAUAACCUCGCGGUAUUCAGAGAAGACUUGCAGAUUUGCAAUACUAUUUCGUUCCGCGAUCUUGCGCUUACGUGAUAUUGUUAUCAGUACCAUAUGGCCUAUAUGUACGGAAAAAUCAACUACAUAUGCAUGUAUCGUUGUAAUGUAUUAUUUCAUUUCUCGAUAAACUAUAAAACAAAUAAUUCAGUAAUAGAUAAACACAAAUAAUGUAUCUUUCACGUAAGAUUUUGAGAUAGCCGACAUUAAUCGACAAAUUUGAUUGCAUACAUGUAUAUAACAUACAUCGUAGCGAGAAAAGUGGGAGAAACGCCUUCGGUACAAGAGUUACCCACUUGCUUAACAAAGUUCCAUUGCGUAGCAAUAAGUUGAUCACUCUACAUUGGGCUUUCGAGACUGUUAGAGAAGUGCUGAUUCGUAACAGUGCUUUAACAACAUUGUUUCCGUGCGUGGUGAAAGAUGGCUUCUGCAUUUUUCACGCUUCUCACAGGACUGUUCUUGCUAUUGUGUUUUUAUUUCUAUUUGAGAUACAACCAUUGGAAGAGAAAUGGAAUUCCAACUGCCAAAGGAUAUGUUCCAAUCCUGGACCACUUGUUACCCGUAGCAAUGAAAAGAAUACAUUUUGUCGAAUUUAUCCGAAAAGUAUACAACGAACACAAAGACCACAGCAUGAUUGGGAUAUACAGCGGAACGACACCAGCGCUAAUUUUUCGAGAUCUCACUGUAGUGAAAACUGUGCUGCAAAGUAAUUUCUCCAGCUUCCACGAAAAUACAUUCAAAAUCGACCCAAAUAUGGAUCCCCUUUCAGCUAAAGAUCCGUUUUUCUGCACUGGAGACGCAUGGCUGAACGGAAGAAAACGUCUAACCUACGCGUUUUCUAACGCCAGAUUGAAGGUUCUUUUCGCAGCUGUCAACGGGGUCUGUAAGAAAUUCGAAAAUUUCUUGAAUAAACAACUAGAAAGGAAGAACAAGUACGAAGUCGAAUUGAAACCGUUAUUCUUAUUUCCUCUACCUUAAUGGUACCGAGACGUCCAGUCUUAUUCUAAGUUACGUUGGAUAUGACUUGGCCGUUCAUCCAAACGUUCAAGAAAAACUCAUUGCGGCAGAAUAUUUGGCAUUAUCGGAGUGGUAUAGGAGUUGCGUAACGCGAUAUGAGCAUGGAAGACGAAUAAAUAGAAUAAAAUAAAUGAUGAGUAUGUCGAGUAUCGAUCUACAUCCCGUUUAUAAGAAAGCUAGUCUCUCGAAUUACCGAACUGGUUUCCCCUGAUCAACGUUGCUGUCUUUAGGUAAAGAGAUUAAAAGUAUGUAGUUUUUGUAUCUGAGAUAUCAGAUAUAUAGAAGAAUUAUGAAGAGAUAAAGAAUAAUUACUCUCUAAAUUAUUCAUGCAGAGCGCGUCGUUAUUUUAUUACACUGUCAAACAGUAAAUAGCGAAAUUACAAAUUCAUCAAUUUCAUUUGAAUUAAAAUGAAAUGAUAUGUAAAAAGGAGGUAGAUUGACAAACAAGAAAUGGGCAAUCUGAAAAAUCAGGUUGUAUCGCUGCAGAAGGAAGAUAAAUUACGAAUCUGUAUACUACCUACUGUAGCUUUCAUAAAGAUCAUUGCUUCGACAUGGCGACUACAUUAUAAACAGUAGAGGUAUAACAUAAAACAGCUGCACUCAAUGCACAGUUAAUCAGAUAAGAAAUAGCACGGCAGAGAGUAGCCGUGACGUAAGCGUGACAUAUGACAACCGACUACUACUAAAUAAUGGGUGUAUCUUUAGAAUGUUGUGUAGUUUCUACGAAUGAGGCUCGCAUAUUUCAAGGUCGCGCCACUCGAAAUUUUAUUUGCUACAUAUUGUUUGCACAACUGUUUAUAUUGACAAGUGUUUUGAAAGAAGAUCAAGACUUUUUAACAGGAAUAUAUCUAAUUUAACGUGAUUAGUUUUUCUUGUUACGUAUUACAACUAGGUAUUCCCAAUGGGGUCCGUGAAGUGUAGAGAAUCUACAACGAGUCCAAAUCUGUUUUUCUGAAUAAAAUCACAUAUUUUAUCAUAGGCUUAAUAUCUAUAAGAAAAUACUGAGCUUUGUUAACUAUCAAUUAGAUAAAAAGGCUAUUAAUCUAGAAGAUAUACUGAUAUCAAACAAUAGUAAUUUAGUUCAUUUCACUCUGUACAACUAUUACGCCUUUAAAUGAUACAAUUAUCAGUACCGUAUCAUCUACACACAUACACGUAUACAUGCAUAUAUAUAUGUCGGAGAUAAAAGUACACCGGGGCCUUCCCUUUGGAAUUUUUCGGAAAACUCCCAAUAUUUUAAUUUAACUCGAUUAUAAUUGUCCGAGAUUUGUGAUAGUGAGCUUGGGCUCGAGGCGACAACAAGUCGCUGAACGUAGCCGCGGUCACGGGAUGAACGUUUUUACCUAACAUAGGGAUGGAGUAAUUCUAUAGGUCUCCUUAAAAGAAAUAGUUGCAGCGGCACGCGACAGUAAACAUUCCAACGGUUUCUGUCUCGUGGCUCGCCACACACAGAUCCUAUUCUUCGGGCAAGGUGAUUACCAGAUGUCGAUGCAUCUUCACAGUACAUGUUCAGCUAGCCUGAGGACCCGCUAUAAAUCUUAGGAUUUUGUUAACUAAGGUCCUUCAAACGGACAAACAGUCUUUAUUCUAACAGUCCCUAAAUCUACCACCUACUACGGGAAGAUACGGGAAAUCGUUUUUCUCACGAACGACGCUUCCCGCUAGAAACUUUCUCUCAAGGGCGGUUAGCGUCCUUCUUCAACCACCAACAUAGAAAUUAACCAAUUAACAGGAACGUCCAUUUCUCUCACUUUCCGAACGAAGGCUUUCCUCGACGAAUCCGAUGAUCUCGUGUCCUUAGACACACCCCAUUAUAGUUUUCCUUUGCAGCAUCAUCGUGACGGGAAGUCAUUCUCUCGUGAGGUCUCGUUAGAGGGUUACAUAGCGUCUUUACGCUCGGUGAAUGUUUUGCGUUUUAACAAAGAGUUAGUUUAGUAAUACUUGUACCGUAGACAAGCAAGUUGAGUACAACUUGGACUUUGGAAGAAAGCGCAUUUUGUUAUCCCGUUGACCGCGGAUUCGUUAUUGAACCUAGGAUCAUUGUCAUUAUCAUCUCGAGUAUCUAAUUACCACGGUUACUUGUCAUAUUCUACAAUACUCAUAUUUGUGUUAGUAAAUAUCUUCUCUAUUGCAUAACAACAAUGCCUAAUCCAAAUAAAGAUUCGUUUCACGCCCCUAACCCCAACCCUAAUCAUAAUGUGAACCCAACAUAUAUAUAAUAUGUAUAUGUACUGUGCUUUCCUCCAAAUGUUAUCACCAUAAAACACAACGAUUGUGAAAUAGAUAAAGGUAUGUAAUAUGUUUUCUUUUUACAUUUUUCAGAUAAACGACUGUGGCCAAAAAAUUUGAUUUCAUAAUAUAAUACGUACUGAGGCAACUAGAGUGGGAGAAUCAUUUUGGGCAUUAAAGCUUAAAUCGAAUUGCACUGAAAUACGACGAUCAUUCUACAUUGUGCUUUUGAAACUGUUGGAAUAGUCGUGAUUCGGAAUAGUAAUUUAACGAUAUUAUCUCUGUGAGUAACAUAUGGCUUCUGCAUUUGUCACGCUCCUUAUAGGAGCGUUCUUACUAUUCUGUUUUUAUUUGUAUUUGGUAUACAAUCAUUGGAAGAGACAUGGAAUUCCAACUGCAAAAGGAUGUAUUCCAAUCGUGGGCCAUUUGUUACCCGUAGUAAUAAGAAGAAUGAAUCUUGCCGGGCUUAUUCGUCAAAUAUACGAAGAUUAUAAAGAUUACAGUAUGGUUGGAGUGUACAAAGGAAUAGUGCCGGCACUAGUUGUUCGGGACCCUGAGUUAGUGAAAACCGUGCUGCAAAAUAAUUUCUCCAGCUUCCACGAAAAUGGAUUUCAUGUCGAUCCAGUCGCGGAUCCCCUUUUAUAUACAAAUCCGUUCUUCUGUUCCGGAGAUAUAUGGUCAACUGGAAGGAAACGUAUAACCUAUGCGUUUUCUAACGUGAGAUUGAAGAUCCUGUUUGCAGCUGUUAGCGGAGUGUGUAAGAAAUUCGAAAAUUUCUUGAAUAGACGACUAGAAAGGAACGACAAGUACGAAAUCGAAUUAAAAUCGUUAUUUUUAAAAUUCACUGGUGAAAUUGUGGCGAACGCUGGCCUAGGUAUCGAGGGUUACUGUUUCGAAGAUAAACCACGUUCUAAUGCAUUCGAUAAACUUUCUGGAGAAGCAUUCGCCGAAUCGUUAUUAUCUAUAAUCAGAUUCCACUUUCCUACUGUCAAUCGUUUCUUGAAGAUCAAAUUCCUGCCUAAACACGUGGAUCAAUUUUUCAGAAAGGUCGUCGCAGAAAAUUUGGAAGUUAGAAGAAGUGAAUCGACACCUAGGAAAGAUUUCCUUCAAUUAAUGAUCGACAUGGAGAAAGCAGGAGAGCACAUCGCCGAAGAGAUUGUAGUAGCCCAUGCAGUUUCCUUCUACCUUGAUGGUAUCGAAACAUCCAGUGUCACCAUGAAUUUCUUUGGAUAUGACUUGGCUGCUCGUCCAGAGAUUCAAGAGAAGGUGAGGAACGAAGUGAUAUCUACGAUCGAGAAGCACGGCGGUUUGACGUACGAGGCGUUGAAGGAGAUGACGUAUAUGAGUCAAGUAAUUAGCGAAUCUCAAAGAUGUCACGCAGCUCUAGGUUUCAUGCAUAAAGUGUGCACGGAAGAGUUCGAGCUUCAAGGAUCCGAUGGAUUGACCUAUCGCGCGAAGCCUGGCACUGACAUAUUCCUAUCCGUUCACGGUCUGCACAACGAUCCCAAUUAUUGGGUUGAUCCAGAAGUUUUCGAUCCGGAACGAUUCAGCGAUGAGAGAAAGCAAACUAUAGAAAAAAUGGUAUAUCUUCCUUUCGGUGAGGGACCAAGAAUUUGCGUUGGAAUGAGAAUGGGUUUGCUACAGGUGAAGGCUUGUUUCGCUACUUUGCUGAGAAACUACAAAUUAGAAUUGUCACCAAAAAUGCAACUUCCAUUGAAAAUGUCGCCGCAUUAUUUCCUAACGCACCCUCAUGGUGGUGCUUGGGUAUAUAUCUCUAAGCUUUAAAGUUAUCGAAAAGUUUUUAUAAAUUUUCAUAUAUUUAUAUUUAGAUGUAUAAUACUACGAAGAUCAAUGUUUAUUUCUGUCACGUUGUCUAGGAAUUAUUAAGUAAAGACGUUUGUUAAAAGAAUAAAGAAAAAAAUAAUUAUAGGCGUAAUAUAUUUAUCACUACACUGUUGCUUCUUUUAAUCGGCAAAAAUAAAGUUAUCGUGACAAUGACCUUUAUUACUUGAUAAUAAAGUGUGAUUUGGCAUUCCAUAUAUAUAUAUAUCUUAUUAACAGAGGGGAAUUUAACAUUACGAAAUUGAUACGGAAGUUGUGUAAGCUUUGAGCAUGAUGCAAGCGUGAAAGACGAAUGAAUAAAAUAAAAUAAAAAGUUAGACGUAUAGCAUUUAUGGGAGUGUGUGUACGAGUCUAUAUUCCGUGUCUCAAAACGAAGGGACUCGAGCGAGUUUUCUGAGUGGUUUCCCAUGUUCACCGUGGCUAUGUAUACAUAACUGCGUCAAAUAUACGUAUGUGUGUUGACGUACAUAUUCUAUAUUUUAUAUGUACACAGUACAUAUAUCGUAUCAUCUACUACGUAAUAUAUGUAUAUAAAAAGACGCGACAAAUUGGUGUGCACUUUCGAAAAUAAAUAAUCCUUUGUUAUAACGUAUCAUAUAGACUGAUCCAUGGUGAUACGACUAGAAAAAGAGUGAUUCUUCGUAACAAAAUAGGUAAAACAAAAUAUAGUAACGCUAUUGACGUAAUUCUUUAAGAUUGAGUUUUUCGCUUUUUGCAAAUGACGUAAAAUGGAAGAGUAGAACUGUGGACAUCGAACUGAUAAUUGUAGAGAUGAUGAAAAUUCUGAGAUAAAAAAUAAACAUAACCUGGUGAGCCAAUUGGA